AUGACCUUCAAAUAUCUUGUAUUUCUUGUUUGUUGUUUAAUUUCUAUUUCCACCGUUUUUUCGGCCUGUACUCCUUCAUCGUGUAAAUGUAGUGGCAAUUUCCAAGGCCAAUUUUGUGGUAGUGGGUAUGGAUGUAUCCCCAACCAUGUAUAUGAAUGCCAACGUGGAACAGGCAAUACUUGUGACUAUGGCUAUCCUGUUUUAUAUUCAUCUGUUUUAUUUCAAAUUAACAAGCUUUGA